CCCAAACAUGGCAUCCAAAGUCUACGACGUGCUGAUCAUAGGUGGGGGCCCAGCCGGCCUCACGGUGGCCACCACCAUCGCACGACAGCUACAGACAGCCAUCGUCCUCGACUCGGGCGCCUACCGCAACGCUCGAACAGAACAUAUGCAUGGAGUCCCAGGCUUCGACCACGUAGACCCGGCAGUGUUCAGGACCAAGGCCAAAGGUGAUAUCCUGGCUCGCUAUGAUACCGUCGAGUUCAAGAGAGCCUGGGUCGCCAAGAUCGAGAAACUCCAGUCGGGCCGUUUCCAGGCCACAGACGGGCUGGGAAACGUAUAUGAGGGCCGCAAGAUUGCCUUGGCCACUGGGGUGAAGGAUGUGAUGCUGGAUAUCGAGGGUUACGACGAGUGUUGGGGCUGGGGGAUCUUCCACUGUCUCUUUUGCCAUGGAUUCGAGGAGCGAGGCGGAGACUCGGCCGGAUUGCUGGCUAUGGGCAUGCUCGCCAAAUCGACCAUGGCGACGCAUGUCGGCAACAUGGCUCUCCAAUUCGCCAAGAAGCUGACAGUCUAUACGAAUGGAGACGAAGAGGUGGCCAAGGAAAUUCAGGCGAAUGCCAAGAUUGCCGACUCGGAGACGAGAGUCAACUUCGAAAAGCGCCGUAUCAAGAGCCUCAAGCUGAUCUCUCGAGACACAUCAGAUGUGCUAGUAACGCUUGAGGACGGCACCGAGAUCAAGGAGUCCUUUAUUACUCACUAUCCUGACGCUGAGCUGAAUGGCCCGUUUGCAUCUCAGCUCGGACUGACGCUUGGCGAGAGCGGACAAAUUGACGUGCAUCCUCCAUUCAACGAAACUAGUUUGCAUGGCGUUUUUGCCGCUGGAGAUGCCGCUUCAACAGGGAGAGUGGUUCCAAUUGCAAUCUAUGGGGGCUCGUUGGCAGCUGGUGGCUUAGUUGCGCAGUUGUUGGCGGAGAAGGCGGAAGGGAAAUAGCACUGGUUUCUGCUGGAUAACAGUCAGUCCAUUUCUCAGGAAUCUUAUGUCUUGUUAUCAAUAUAUCUCAAUAGUGGAAAUAAGACUGAAACAUGAAUAAGUC